UUGGGGUCUGAUUCGGCGACACGUUAGUUGGAAGGCCAACAAAAUCUUCUUCUUAAGCAAGCUUGAUUUGCACAUCAAGUAUCAAAUCCUGUUUAUCUCCAUUUUCCCCAUUCUCACCCGACGGGGAGACUAGGGUUUAUCUUCGGUGCAAAAUUUUUGGGAAAAUAUGUCACAGAACGGAAAAUUAAUGCCGAAUUUGGACCAACAAAGCACGAAACUCCUCAAUCUCACAGUUCUUCAGCGAAUUGAUCCUUUCGUUGAAGAAAUCCUCAUCACGGCUGCUCAUGUCACCUUCUAUGAAUUCAACAUCGAGCUCAGCCAAUGGAGUCGGAAGGAUGUCGAGGGAUCUCUCUUUGUUGUCAAGAGGAAUACACAACCUCGGUUUCAGUUCAUUGUGAUGAAUCGGCGAAAUACAGAAAAUUUGGUGGAAAAUCUCUUGGGAGAUUUUGAGUAUGAAGUCCAGGUUCCGUAUCUAUUAUAUCGUAACGCAGCGCAAGAAGUGAAUGGUAUUUGGUUCUAUAAUUCACGCGAAUGCGAAGAGGUAGCCAACCUUUUCGGCAGAAUACUUAAUGCAUAUUCCAAAGUCCCACAGAAGUCAAAGGUAUCACCUACAAAAAGUGAAUUUGAGGAACUGGAAGCUGUCCCAACCAUGGCAGUUAUGGAUGGUCCCCUGGAGCCAUCAUCAACAACUACUUCCACCGUCACUGAUGUCCCUGAUGAUCCUGCCUUUGUGAACUUCUUCAGUUCAGCUAUGAAUAUUGGUAAUGCCUCCAAUACAGCAGCUGCGGAACAACCUUACCAGUCAGCGGCAAUACCUGCACCUUCACAUCCAGCAAGUGGUACCUCCCCUACUGCACCAACCCUGCAAAUACCAUCUCUACCUUUGUCGGCAUCUACUCCUCUAAUGCCACUCCUUGACACCACUGAAUCCACAGGCAACAGCAACCGGACCACUAAUCUUGUGAAACCCUCUUCCUUCUUUGUUCCUCCACCUUCCUCUUCUGCACGAAUGAUGCCACCUGUUUCCACAUCUAUGCCUGCUGCACCUCCUCUCAAUCCUACUGUAAGUCUACAACGCCCAUAUGGUGCUCCCUUGAUUCAGCCUUUUCCACCACCAACUCCCCCACCUUCCCUCACUCCUGCUUCCGUUCCUAGUCCAAGCUACGGACCAAAUAUCAGCAGAGAAAAAGUCCGAGAUGCACUUCUGCUGCUUGUUCAGGAUAAUCAAUUCAUUGACAUGGUUUAUCGAGCACUAGUAAAUGCACACCAGUCAUGAUGGGUUGAAAUAGAUUUAUAUCUGCUGCUGGAGUUUUGUCAACUAUGUAGCUUUUUUGUUGGCUCUGGGUUACAAGUGUGGAAGACCCCAAAAUGUAUAGUAUUUCACUCUAGUUAGUUAUUUUGACUCGUUUCUUGGUUUUGUUGGUUGUGAUUUAUUAUUCAAGACACAUGGUAAGGUUAUAAAUUGUUAGCCGUGAGAGUCACUUAUUUCCAUUUGUGGUGACACCGGCGGGUUGGAAAUAUGCAAAUAUGAAAUCCUAAUAGUUUUCUGUUCUGGACGGCAA